AUGGAAGAAUCAGAACCACUAAGAAAAUAUUUUAAUAGCACUGAAGACUAUCUUCUUUUUCUAUAUGGACCAAAACACAGCCACCUGUCCUUGCCUAUGACUUGGAUUUACGCUCUGAUCUUCAUAGUUGGUGUGUCCGGCAACCUUUUAGUGUGCUUAGUGAUUCUCAAGCACAGGAACAUGCAAACACCAACUAAUUGCUAUCUCUUUAGCCUUGCUAUUUCAGACCUGCUGGUAUUACUCUUUGGGAUGCCUUUGGAAGUUUAUGAAAUGUGGAGCAACUACCCUUUCUUAUUCGGACCAGUGGGCUGCUACUUUAAAACAGCUUUUUUCGAGACGGUGUGCUUUGCUUCUAUCCUGAUCAUCACCAUGGUUAGCAUAGAGAGAUAUAUGGCCAUUCUACACCCCUUCCGAGCCAGGUUGAAAAAUACCCAGCAGCGAGCUCUGAGGAUCAUCCUUACCCUAUGGCUUCUCUCAAUCAUCUUCUCUCUUCCCAAUACCAGCAUCCAUGGCAUAAAGCUACAGUAUUUUCCAAAUCGUACAGAGGUCCCUGGUUCUGCAAUUUGUACUGUGGUCUAUUCUAUGUGGAUUUACAACUGGAUCAUCCAGUUAACUUCUCUCUUGUUUUAUGUGCUUCCAAUGAGUGUCAUCAGUAUCCUCUACUGCCUGAUGGGGUUGAAAUUGAGAAGAGACAGAUCCUUGGAAGUAAAAGAAAUGCAGAUGAAUAUUAAACUAUCGUCCAGAAAGUCUAUCACAAAGAUGCUAUUUGUCCUCGUAAUCGUUUUUGGGGUAUGUUGGGCCCCAUUCCACACAGAUCGUCUUUUCUACAGCUUUGUUGCAACCUGGACAGAACCUCUUGCAAAUAUAUUCAACCUUAUUCAUGUGGUUUCAGGUGUUUUCUUCUAUUUGAGUUCUGCCGUGAAUCCUAUAAUCUAUCAUGUGUUCUCCCAGCGUUUUAGGAUGGCUUUCCUAAGUGUUAUCUUUCCUCAGUGCAAAUACUGGCAUCCCAGACGUCCCACAAGCCAUCCCACAUCUCAGCAAAGUGUUUUCACAUUGAGGGAAACCCAACAAAGCAGGAUAUGCUGA